AAAGAAGAGGGCCCUUCUGAUUUUGUCUUGUUCUUCUAAAUCCUACUCGUUAUUCUUGUGGAGCUUCAGCAUUUCUCGAGUCAUCUUCAACGAUAAAAGCCAGAAAAAUCUCACCCAAAUAUGAGAAAGAAUCCCCAAUUAGUUUUUUUGAGGUAUCUGAAUUCGGAAACUCCAUCGAGCACGAAUUUCUUCUCUAGAGCCUUCAGCUUUCCCUGUCGAUGAUUUUAGUCUUCUACUCGCUCUUCAAGCAUCCCCAAGUCGAGGUUUCAUCAACUGAGGUAACUGAAGAGAAAGAGAUUUGCUUAUUUUACGCUUGCUUAUCAGUUGGGCUUCAUUUUAAAUUCUUUAAGAGUUAUUUGUUUGUUUUCUGUAAGUGGUUUCAUGUUCAGUUCAAGUAGUGCUCUCCGAAACACUGAAGCUUUUGAAGUUGAAGCCUUUUUGAAUCUUUUCCCUGGAAGUUUUGGGGGUUUUUGGGCCCUGUGAAAUUCUCUCGAUUCGUACUCAAUCGUAUUCUCUUGGAAGCAUUUUUUUUGUGGAACGAUUUAUCUGAUCCACAAGAUAUCAUUUUGCAACUCGUUUCUAAUAGAGACGUUCCCAAUGGAGAGAAAGCGAGAAUUUGGUGCUUCGUCCUCGUCGUCUUCCAGUAUCCCUCGAUGGAAUUACGAUGUCUUCUUGAGUAUUUUCAGUCAAGAUGAUGAGAAGAACAAAAUCAUCAUUGAUGGCCUCCACGAAGCUUUUGUUGAAAAUAGGAUUCACACCUUCAGAGAUGGCGACGAGGAGGAAGAAGAAGAAGAAAAGCUUGGAGGAGAAAGAGAGAAACGAAUUGAAGAAUCAAGGAUCGCCAUAGUCCUUUUCUCAAUCAAAUACGUUUGUUCUAUAAGUUGUUUGGAUGAACUGGUGAAGAUAGUUGAGUGCAGAAGCAGCAAUGGUCUAACUCUUUUCCCUGUUUUCUGUGAUGUGGAUCCAUCGCAUGUGCGAAAACAGAACGGGAGUUUAGAGCAAGCGUUCACCAGUUUCGAAGAAGAAGAGGAAAAAGAGAAGGUGGAGAGGUGGAGGGCAGCUCUUACUUUAGUGGCUAAUCUUUCUGGUUGGGAUCUCCACGCUUCCACUGGGCAGGAGGCAGAAUUAAUCCAAAAAAUUGUUGACAAUGUUGUUUCAAUUAAACGAAGUCGAUCACCAUUGAACAUCGCUAGUUAUCUCAUUGGAAUAGAUUCCCGUGUUGCAAGGAUGUUGAAUUCAUACAUAUAUCGUACUUCAUGUGAAGUUCGUCUCAUAGGAAUUUGUGGUAUUAGUGGAUUGGGUAAAACAACCAUUGCGAAGGCUGUAUAUAAUGGAAUUUCUCAUAGAUUUGAAGGCUGCAGUUUUCUUGAGAAUGUUAGAGAAGUCUCAAAACAACCCACUGGUCUAAUUCAAUUACAAGAACAACUCCUUUCUGAUGUCCUUAUGAAGAAAAACUUUAAAAUAAGUAACGUUGCUAGAGGAAUAAAUGUCAUCAAAAAGAGGUUGCAGUGCAAAAGGGUUCUUAUUGUUAUUGAUGACGUUGAUCAUUCAGACCAGUUAAAUGCAUUCGCUAUCGAACGUGAUUCAUUUGGCAUGGGAAGUAAAAUCAUUGUUAUAUCACGAGAUGAACAUUUUCUAAACGGGGCUGAAGUGUGUGAUAUUUAUCAUCCGGAGGAGUUGGACUCUCAUGAGUCUCUCCGACUCUUUAGUUGGCAUGCAUUUAACAAUAAUUCUCCUCCAGUUGAAUACAAGGAGCUUUCAAAAGAGAUAGUUGGUAAUGUUAAAGGACUUCCAUUAGCUCUUGAGGUCAUGGGUUCUUUAAUGUUAGGAAAAAGAAGCUUACCUGAAUGGGAGAACACAUUGGCCAAACUGAAAAGUACUCUUGGUGAUCAAAUACCAAAACCACUUCGAUUAAGUUUUUCUGAUUUGGAUGACACAGAGAAGGAUAUUUUCCUUGAUAUUGCAUGCUUCUUUAUUGGAAUGGACAAAAGCUAUGUAUCUAAAAUACUAGAUGGGUGCGAUCUUUUUCCAGUUAUUGGAAUCCGUGAACUCAUUCAAAGAUCUCUUAUUACAAUUGACAUAGACAAUAAACUGAGGAUGCAUGAUCUUCUUCGAGAGAUGGCCAAGAAAAUUAUUCAUGAAGAAUCUCCUGAAGAACCUGGAAGACGUACAAGAUUGUGGUCACAAGAAGAUGUUUGUGAUGUAUUGAUGAAACAUAAGGGAACCGAAUCUGUGGAAGGCAUCAUGUUAAACAUUUCUCAAUUUGAAGAUAUUGUGUGUUUUCAUACUGAAGCAUUUGUAGACAUGCAUAAUCUAAGACUGCUUCAUCUCAAUUAUGUACACCUAAGGGGAGAAUAUGAACAUUUACCUAAGAAAUUAAGAUGGCUUUGUUGGCAUGGAUUCCCUUUGAAAUCUAUACCUGCCAAUUUUGAUAUGGAGAAGAUUAUUGUUCUUCACAUGGAAAAUAGCAGCCUCGAAGAGGUUUGGAAGGAAAUCAAGCUGCUUAAAAGGUUGCAAAUCCUGAACCUUAGUCAUUCAAGAUACUUAACAAAAACCCCCAAUUUCUCAGAAGUCACCAAUCUUGAGGAACUGAUCCUUGAAGAUUGUGAAAGUCUAGUUGAGGUUCACCAAUCCAUUGGGUAUCUUGAGAAGCUUAUUGUCCUGAAUUUAAAUAACUGCCAUAACCUUAUGAAGCUUCCAAAUAGCAUUGGUAUGUUGAGAUCUCUUGAAGUACUCAAUCUCCGUGGUUGCUCGAACCAGGUGCAAUCUACUUCAUGGUUUUCAUUCCCUCAACGUUAUUUCAGCUCACUUAUUAGAACAAAGCAUACUUCUAUGCUGCUUCCUGCUUCUUUCUGUGGUUUAUGCUCUUUGAAAUCAGUAAAUCUCAAUUAUUGCAAUCUAUCAGAAGAUACCAUUCCUAAUGAUUUAUGGAGCUUGCCAUCGUUGAAGACCUUAAGAUUGGAUGGGAACAGAUUGUGCACCUUGCCAGACAGCAUUAGACUUCUUUCUUGUCUUGAAUCACUUACAUUGUCAAAUUGUAGUGAUCUCAAACUAAUGACAGAGCUUCCAUCAAGUUUAAAGAUUUUGGAUCUAGGAGGUUGCUCAACAAUGGAAAUAUUACCAUCCAACAUCAAUGAUCUAUCUCAACUUAUCUUUCUUAAUUUGGAGGGAUGUGAGAGACUACAGUCAUUUCCAAACGGUUCCACAUCUUCUUCUACAGGAGUAGAACUUAAGGACACGAAGAGUUUGAAAAAUUUAGUUAUGAACUAUGAUUACUUCUGUAGUAGAUCGGAUGAAAUAAGUUGCCUUCCUACACUUUGGAGCCUAUAUUUGGCAGGUUGUGAGAGGAGGUCUCAAACACUGCCAAAGCUUUCAGCAAGUUUAUUUACUUUGUUUGUAGAAGGUGACACAUCGACUUUGCUUGUCAAUAGAGGGGAGAUCCAGAGCAUGAUAACUUCUCAUUCUGUACAAGCAGGCAUCUACAACAUCGAAGGGUGCCACCAUCUGGGGAACACUUUGAGGAAGAAUAGCAUUUUCCAGGAUAUACAUAGGGAAUUUCAAUUUUGGUGUACUGGAAGUGAGAUUCCGGAAUGGAUGAGCCAUCGAAAUAUGGAGUCUUCAGUAUCCUUUGAGGUAUCAUCUGACUGUUCGGAUUGCAAGAUUCAAGGGUUGGAUGUAUCUGCUGUUUUUUCAGCUGUGGAAGGACCUGGAAAUUACUCUUGUUACCCUGUGAUCUGGAAUAAAACCAAAGAUAUACAAUGGGGUCCGAUUCCUGGACUUCCACAGUCCACACUUCCACUUCGACCAGGUCAAGACAUAUUGUUGGUUCGCCAUAUUACAAUUCGUGAGCUUCUGAGUUUCUCGAUACACAAAGUUGGAUUUGGUGCUCACUUUGAAGUGGGGGAUCAAGUGGAGGUUUCAGUAGAAAUUAAUGGUGGCCAUGGAGGAAGUUUGCAAGUGAAGAAAUGUGGAGUCCUGCUGGUUCAGUGCCCAGAUGAGGAGAUGAACCAAUUAGAUGAUUUAUCAUUGAUCAGAUACUUAUCUGAUCCAGAAGAUAUUGAGCGAGCACUGUUGGAAUACUUAAUGUCGCAUUCAGAAGAUGAUCUUGUUGUGGAUGGCGAAGUGUCAGAAUUGGUUCACAUUGGAGAAGAUGAGAGAAUUAAAAGUGACCACAACGUAGAAUCAGAAUUGGUUCACGUUGAAGAAGAUGAGAGAAAUAAGAGUGAUGGCCAAAAUGAGGGCGUCCCCGCCGCAGGAUUUACCAGAAGAUUAAGGAUUGGCCUGUAGUUCGUCCACCGGCCAGUUACCCAUUUCCUAUUUAUGGAUAUUACCAGCCCAUUAUAGACACCACAUAAUUAAUGCAUUCUUCAUUAAUUUCUCUGAA